AUGUGUGGAUGUGGCAAAGUAUAUAUUCCACUCUCAGAUUCAGAAGACUUGUACAAAGGAUUUAAGUCAUCAAAUCGUUGUCCUGUGAAUGAAGAAUUCCUGAAAUGUGGAUCAAGUUGUGAACCCAGUUGUGAAAAUCCUCACCCGAAAAUCUGUACGGCGGAAUGUAUUUUGGAUGUCUGCCAGUGCAAAGAAGGAUAUGUUCGAAGAUCUGAUGGCCGAUGCGUUAAAAUGGCAAAUUCAAAAUGUCAUGAAAACGAACGAUUUUGGGAGUGUGGAACUGCAUGCGAGCUAACGUGCGAAGAUCCGGAACCACGUCCUUGCACGAGGCAGUGCAUCCUGAACGUUUGCCGAUGUUUGCCAGGAUACGUACGACGUUGGGAUGGAGCUUGCGUUGAGGAAUGCGAUUGCACAUUCCCCUGCUUUGAUUAA